GCUGGGGGUUUCCUGUGUGUACAUCUUCACUAGCUUUGACAACCAUCAGUGCUUUCUUUACUGAAUCCACUCGCAGAGUACAUUAUAUUUGGUCUAUUGCUGAGAUGACUUUACAAUUCAAAGAUGUAUUUUGGGGAGUGGAUUUCAUCAGUAAUGUGGGAUAUGAGGCUCUCAUCCAGAGACUCUGUGAGGGUCGACGGAUGUGCAAAGAUAUGGAGGAUCUCUUGAAGAUGAGGGCAUCUGCUGAAGAGAGAUAUGGCAAAGAGUUGGUGAUGAUUGCACGCAAGGCAGGGGGACUCUGUGAGAUCAACACUUUGAAAGCAUCCCUUGACCAACUCAAAGUCCAAAUUGAAAACAUUGGGAACCUACACAUACAACUGUCUGGGGUGUUAAAGGAAGAGGUCAAGAGGAUGGAACAGUUCAGGGAGCGACAGAAAGAGCAGAGAAAAAAGUUUGAAGGCAUCAUGGACAAGGUUCAGAAGAUAAAGGUGUCUUUACACAAGAAAACAAUGGAGUCUAAGAGAACUUAUGACCAGAGGUGCAGAGAGGCGGAUGAGGCCGAGCAAGUUGCUGAGAGGAUGAUCAGUGGAGCUACCACCACACCCAAGCAGGCUGAGAGGGUGCACAACAAGUCUAAGCAGUGCAGGGAGGCAGCAGCAGAGGCAGAAAAACAAUACAUGUCAAAUAUUGAUCAGCUAGACAAGAUUCGUCAAGAAUGGGAAACUACACACGAGAGUACUUGUGAGGUCUUUCAGCAGCUGGAGGGAGAUCGUAUCAACAUCCUGAGGAAUGCCAUCUGGGUCCACUGUAACCAAUUCUCAAUGCAAUGUGUCAAAGAUGAUGAGUGUUAUGAAGAAGUGAGGAAAACUCUAGAACUGUGUGACAUCACGGCAGACAAUGACUGCUUUGUUGAGAUGAAAAGCACUGGCUCAAGUCCACCAGCUCCCAUUGUGUUUGAGAACUAUUAUGAGAGAGAGCCCUCGACAGACAGCAAUGGCAGUGCCUGCUUUGUAGGAGGAGUUAUGAAGAGGUUUUCAAACCUUCUGCAAGGGAACUCAUCGACUGGCUCUAAAACAAACGUCAAUGACAGUUCACAGCCACUAGCACCACCUACGGCCAACACAUCAGAUGGAGUGUACGCCUCCAUUCCUGGAUUUCAGCAAGUGCAGCCAACCAUCUCAGAGAGCAGAGAGGAGUACCAGGCUCUGUAUGACUAUACUGCUCAGGGUGAGGACGAGCUCUCCAUGUUUGCAGGGGAGACGGUUGUGGUCAUUGAACAAGAUAUGGAUGGCUGGUGGACUGUGGAGAGAAACGGCAUUUCAGGACUGGUCCCUGGGUCCUAUCUGGCCAAAGAAUGAACUAUCCUUGGCACAAGUAAGGACCUGAGCCCUAGGACCAUGCCUCAGGACUACCUGGCCUGAUGACUCCUUGCUGUCCCCAGUCCACCUGGUCAUGCUGCUGCUCCAGUUUCAACUGUUCUGCCUGCAGCUAUGGAACCCAGACCUGUUCACUGCACGGGCUACCUUGUCCCGGACCUGCUGUUUUGGACUCUCUCUCUACUGCACCUGCUGUCUCUAACUCUGAAUGAUCGGCUAUGAAAAGCCAACUGACAUUUACUCCUGAGGUGCUGACCCUGCUGGUCAUCUAUGAACAUCUUGCCCAUGUUCUGUUAUAAUCUCCACCUGGCACAGCCAGAAGAGGACUGUCCACCCCUCAGAGCCUGGUUCCUCUCUAGGUUUCUUCCUAGGUUCUUUCUAGGGAGUUUUUACUAGCCAUCGUGCUUCUACAUCUGCAUUGCUUGCUGUUUGGGGUUUUAGGCUGGGUUUCUGUACAGCAUUUUGUGACAUUGGCUGAUGUAAAAAGGGCUUUCUAAAUAAAUUUGAUUGAUUGAAUGUUCUUACAACAUUCCCAUGAAGCAUGUCUAGAACAUAUCUUAAAUUCUGAGAACAUGGUAACCACAUUCUGGGUAAGUUCACAUACGGGAACAUUCCUAUGAAAACAUUAGUUAAUGGUCUGCUGAGACUCUUAAGGGAAUGUUCUCCAAAGUUGUGGAAACAUUUUUGUUAGCUGUUACAUUAAAUGAAGUGCCCCUCUGCGGUGAGGUCGCCAAUGUGAUAAGGGAGUAUAAGCCAAUUUGGUUUCAACAGUGUGUUGUUAUUCUCUUUGAGAUUUUGUCUUUGAAAUUUGUAUUAAGAAUAAUGGUAGUCGUAAUAAUUUGUCAUACAGUAAAUAGUUUGUCCUCCCUCGGGUUAUGGCGAAUGUGACCAUAGAUGGUUUCUAGAUGCAUGGAAGGGUUAAUUCGACCGAGAACAGUGUGAGCCUCACCCCCUCUAACCUGCUGAAUUAAUGGCGACAAUGGCAUUAACUAUGGCCCUGUCCUUCACACUUCUACCUGAGUCCGAGCCAGCAACCUGUACACAGCAUCUAGUCGAAGCUAUCAACUACCUUUUCUCUCAGGAGGGCAGCAUGAGUCCACGUGGAGUGUGUAUGGAGAGAUCCCGUCCAAAAUUCUCUCCUGCUGCUGGUGUACUAGUUUGAAAAUGGACAAGACUUAAUGCACCGUAAAGGAUGGUGGUGGCGGCUAAAGGUGAGAGAUUUGUCUGCUUGGGAAAAAUCGGAUUAUUCCCAGAUAUUGGAAUCGGGACAUUAUCAAGGGCCAUCCACUUUGAACAUGUGCCAUUGAGAGGACAAACUGAAACACUAUUUGAAGAAGAAAAUUAAGAAACACCAGAAGAAUGAGUGCCGGGAAGGAUGGGGAUGGUCAAGUGUGCCUGUAAUUAAUUUAUGCUUGUCCAAAAAGUUUUAUUUGGGGUAUCAGGUUGAUUCUGGAGGUCUGCACACUGCAAAAUGUAUAGUAAUUCAUACAAAAAAAUGCAUUGAGAUACUGACUUGUCAUUAACACAGGGACAAAUGGGGGCCGUGAUGAGAAAAUGUCAUGCUAGAAAUAUAAGAUGAAUAUAAUGUAUGUCAAUGUUAGUAGUACAUGCUGUAUAUUUAUUUCUCUGUCUGUAAAUUUACAUUCUGCCAGUGUGUACUAAGUUGAGGGUCUUAAAUUCAAGUGAUAGACUCAACGCAACACAGUAGGGACUGUUAUUUUAAAUUUGGGUUGGAUAAUUUAUCAAUAGUUCUAGUCACUCUCUUAGGAACAUGAAGGAAGAAGACAAAGUCAAAAGCCAGAAUCCAUAAAUUAAAUUGUGUAAUCAAGCAUAUGUGUACCUGUAUGAAAUGAAGGUCUUAAGUUAAAACAUUCUACUGCAAUGGUUUUACAAGUAAGGGGUAUGGAAUAAGGAUCAGUUACUAGUUGGAGUGUACAACCCAGAAUGAAGGGUUUGAAAGUGUCUGUGGUUUUUAUGCGUUAAUUUUGUUUACUUAUAAUGAUGUAUUUUGAUAGUUUAAGCAAUAACCAAAUGAAUAAAAUGUAAUAAUAAUUAUCACAGAGUGAUAAGAGGAGGGAGUAUACAGAAUGUUUUUUUGUCUGAAGCGAUAGCCUUUAAUUGUACAUCUUGUCUCAUACAAUCAUUGGUUCCUAUAGGUGCUGGUUAGAGAUAUGAGGGGGAGAUGGUUCCCCUCUUCAGACUUUUUGUCAGAACGCCCAGAAUAAGUUUUAUAAAUGUAGGUAGGAGACGGUGCCAGUCACAUGCAGGAACCAGCCCUAUGAACCAUGCCUAUGUAGGUUGUUUGAAUAGCCGUAUAUAAGAGAACUAAUGGGACUGCCCCGGCAGAGCUCCUGACAGAUGUGUACUAUGGUGCAUUAAGUUUGUUGGAACCUCUCCAACUUGCUGAUAAUAAAGAAUGAUUCAUUUGAGUUUGA